AUGGCCCGCACGUACGGCGAGAUUUUGGAGAGUUCUUUUGCCGAUGUUUUUGCUCUCUGUGACGAGGAUACCCUGUUCCUGGACGUGGGCAGCGGACGUGGCCUGAUUACUGCCGCCUCAGUUCAGCAGGGAGGUUGCUACAGGGCAAUAGGCAUCGAGAAGUACAAUGACAAGCUUCAGGAGAGCCAAGAGCUUCUUGCUUCGCUUCCGGAGGAUGUUCAGUCGAAGAUCGAGUUCCUGUUGGGAGACUUCAACGACCAUGACUUGACAGCGAUGCUGCAGAGCUACGCCUGCACGUCCCUCCUCAUGUUCUGUAACAACCUUGCUUUCCAGCAAGGGACCAACAUGAGGAUGAGCAAGAACUUCAGGAGGGCCAUGAACGCACUCCCAUCCGUCAAAAUCACAGUUGUCGCCACAACUCCCCUGGAAGCGCUGUCAGACCGGCUGACCGAUACCAUUUCCCUUGACAUGACUUGGGCGCCAGGUCAUAUGUCCCAGGUUUACACUUGGCAUGGACUGAGUGAUGUCAAGGCAGGCGUCGCAGCAUAG